CUUCCACCAACUCUCCAUCCCGGCCCUAAAUCAAUAGCCAAAGACGCAUACACGUGCAGCCAUUAACCAGAGUCGCUGGAAGAGAGAGACUAGGCACGCUAGCCUCGUCUCGGCACCGACAUGCGCGGCUUUCCGACACACCUUCACACGCGCCAAGUAGUGAACUCUACCCCAUCCAACAAACCACUUGUAAUCCAAUAUCACUGCGUCAAUAAGUAGCGUCUGGGGAGGGUGGGGGCAGGUAGGUACGCACUCCGGAACAUGCAUCCAUGCCUCGGGCCAGCCGGCCAGCCGGCACCGCAUUACUGCUGAGUGCAUUCCCCCACAGUGCAUUCCACUUGCUGUGGACUGGAAACAUUGCAGUCGAGGGACUGCAUCCCCCGCGUGACCUUGACCCGGCCUUUGACUUCACACGGCCGCGUUGGCCCGCACCAGCCCUUCUCCUAUUGGCCCUUCCCUGAUCCGCAGAUCAUCACCUCGCAUCCAUAGCGCCCCCAUCGGCCAGCCUAUUCGACCCGGCAGCCGCGCCCGCAAUGGCGAUGAUCCAGGAAUAUCUUGAAUCCCUUGAAGACGCUGUAGGACAGCUUGAACAGCAGAUAGCUCAAGCCAAUAAGCAGGGAGACUGUGUGCAGCAGCUCCAGUCGCAAGCGCUGGCGCUCCAUGCAUCCCUCUCGGGGGGCACAGAGCGCUGCGCUUGCGGCCGAGCAGCGGCAGCGUGAACUGUAAGGUGCCAUCGCGGCGCUCAAGUCCAAGUGGAGGAGCAGCGCUGCGCGCUGGAGGACGCUCGCCGCUCCCUAGCACACUUGGAAAGCGCUGGUGCCGUGGAUGAGGGCAAAGUACUGCUGAAGAGGCUCGGACAGGGGCAAUCCUGGGGGACAAUCCUGGGGGGCUUCGUCUCCCCCCCUGGAUCGCUUCACUCGGGGGGCUCAGCCCUAAAAGUCAGGCAGCAGGGACCCUGGAGAGGAUCGCCAGCGCGAGUGGGGCGGCUGUUACGGGAUGCGGGGCGCUACGUGCGUGCGUGGCGGUCGGCGGGCAGGGAGGUGUGGCAUGUCGUGGUUGAGGUGACGCAAGGGGAGCGCAGCGCGCUGAUUAGGGUGGCAGCGCAGGUCCGUUCAGCUGGUGCAGUAGUGGCACCAUAUCUGACUUCGGUGGGGUGUGCUAUGCGCAAGGGGCAGUUGCUCGCUUUUGAGGAGCUGCGAGGGAAGGGGCUACGGCCGCGAUGGAAGGGAGGAGCGGGCAUUUCAUGCCCAUGCACGUAAUGCCCCGUAGUACGGUAUAAGGACUUGCUGAUCUGCUUUGAUCGCGCCUCGGGACUCAAAGGAGUUAGUGGGGCCGCAGCCAUGGACUUCAAGCCAUGCAACAUGCUCAUGCUCAUAGCGCCCCCGGCUGCCGGCCGGAGUUGCACAGUCCUCAGAGUACGCGUGGUAAUACAACGUAUUGGGAUUUGGAGGACGCUCCAAUACCGCUAUGUAACGCGCUGGAGGCGGACGAGGGGACAGUGUUACGGCAGGCAGUCCCGUAAGGUGCACUUUGCUGGCCCGUAUUCCUGUUGGCAGUUUGCUGGCCCGUAUUCCUAUUGGCGUAACGGCGGGGUCCGUGCCUGUGGCCACACGCAGCCCAGCUAUGUCGCGCGUUUCCAUGUGUGUUUCGUCUUGGCACCAUAGGCCACGGUGGUUAUUGAAUAUUUGCUGGCUGAAAGUGCUUUGGUAUAACGAGGCCCCCCGUGCCCAACGUACUUUUUGUAACGUGUUAGCCCC